GAGUUCAAAUGCACUGACCGUCUUCCGAAUGUCCGGUCGAAGCCCUUCUUCGAAGCGACGUGCUCGAUCCUCCUCCUCACCCAACAAUACUUUUACAGGCUUUAUCUUGGGGCACACUUGCAUUAAUUCCAACCACGGGAGAGACUUUUCCCACUCAGAUGGCAUGCAUUUUGCUGAGCAAUCUCGGAGCAUCAGUAACAGAGGUAGUGGGGGACGCCCUUGUUGCUGAGUUCAGCAAAACCCAGAAGGCAGGCGAGCUUCAAUCCUAUGCUUUCAUAGCACUAGCAGCUGGAGCACUAUUAGGCAAUCUCUCUGGUGGAUUUUUCCUACUAAAAACCCAAGAACCAAAAUCCAUGUUCUUCACCUUUGCUCUUCUGCUCACCAUCCAAUUAGCUCUAUCUUUAAACACCAAAGAAAUUUCACUUCCCUCCCCAGAUCUCGUUCAAAGGUCAAUAUCAGAAAAUCUCAGCAAACAGUUCUCCGAAUUGGUCACAGCUAUCAACGAGGAGAGGAUUUUCUAUCCUCUCUUAUGGAUUGUGGCCUCUACUGCCCUUGUUCCUCUUCUAUCUGGAUCCUCGUUUUGUUUUCAGACCCAAUGUCUAAAUCUUGAUCCUUCGAUUAUUGGUCUUUCUAAAGUUAUGGGUCAGCUCAUGGUUCUCUCAGCCACUGUUAUCUAUAACCGAUAUUUAAAGAGGAUACCUAUGAGGAGUCUUAUAUUUGGAGUACAAACAGUGUAUGCUCUCUCCUUCCUAUUGGACUUGUGUUUAGCGAAGCAAUUCAACCUUAUAUUGGGGAUUUCUAAUGAAAUAUAUGUCUUGUGUUUCUCGGCUUUAGCAGAGGCUAUAGCGCAGUUUAAGAUCCUUCCUUUUACAGUACUUUUCUCGAGAUUAUGUCCAUCUGGGUGUGAGGGGUCUUUGUUUGCAUUUUUUGCUUCGGUGUUGUGUUUAUCAUCGAUAUUCAGUGGUAUUUUUGGUGUUGGACUGGCUUCUUUCAUUGGAGUAAGUUCUGGGGAUUAUUCGAGCUUGCCUUUGGGGAUUAUAGUGCAAAUUUUAGCUGCAUUGGUUCCUUUAGGGUGGAUUUCUUGUGUUCCAAAUGUCAGGAAUUGUGACGUAACGAAGAAAGGGGCGAGGAGGUUAAAAGGUGGUUGACGCUGGCGGGGUGAAAACUGUGACCAGAGAAUUUUUUUUUUUUUUUUUU